AUGAGGUUGAAGUGCUUUGCUUCUGUUGGCCCGCUGCUGUCUGGGUCUGGUGCUGGAGAACCCCGGCGGACGGAUCAGAGCAGCCUGGCGGCAGUGGUUUUAAAGCUCCACGAUGAUCACAAACAGUGUCUCAAAGCCUGGCUCCCCUCCAUCCAGCCUCCUUCUCGUUCACUCUUGGCUUUAUCAAGGUCAUCUCACCCAGACUCAGAUCUGCUGUGUAGCAACAGCGCCUCCGUCUGGACAAACGCAGGAAUAGCGGAAGUGGCUGUUAAGCCCCUCCCCGCAGGUAUAAAGGCACCUGUUGGCAGUCAGCUGAGCGCAGACUCACCUGAGGAGCAGCAGAUGGAGUCCGGGCAGCUUUCAGCUGCAGAAGAACGCAGGAAUGAAUUGGAGGAAGGGGGCGUGGCCUGUUCCGUGAUAGUGUGUGACAUCAAACCAAAAGUUCCAGGUGUGAAGGAUAGAAAGAACGACCCAUGGUCAUGUGACAGCUCUGCAUCUUCCUCCGACAGUGAGGAUGAUGAUAAAAACAAGAAGAAGAAGAAGAAGAAAAAGCUGAAGAAGAAAAGAAGCAAGAAGUUCAGCUCAUCAUCAUCUUCCUCAUCAUCAUCUUCCUCAUCAUCAUCAUCUUCUUCCUCCUCUUCGUCCUCAGACAGUGACAGCAGUGAGGAUGAAAAGAAGAAAAAGAAGAAAAUGAAAAUCAGCGAAACGGCAGAGCUGGGGAUUCUAGCAGAAACAGGUCUGGAGGGAAAUACUGAAUUAACUCCUGCAGGAGAAACUAAAGGAGACGAGGAGAAGAAAAAGAAGAAAGACAAAGAUGCAGCUGCAAUCAGUUCAGACAGCGAGAAUGAAAAGAAGAAGAAAAAGAAGAAGAAAAAUAAAAAAAAGCAGAAGAAGGAUAAGAAAAAGAAGAAGAAAAAGAAGAAGGAUUCCAGCUCAUCUUCCUCCUCAGACAGCGAGGAUGAUCACAAGAAGAAGAAGAAGAAGAAGAAGAAGAAGAAGAAAAAGAAGACCAAGAAGAAGAAGGAAUCAAGCAGUUCUUCCUCUGACAGCUCCAGUGAAGAUGAGAAGAAGAAGAAGAAGAAAGACAAAAAGAAGAAAAAGAAAAAGGAAAAGAAGAAGGAUUCAGGAGGUGAGUCUGAAUCAGACGGAGAGAAAGACAAGAAGCACGAUGGAAAGCUCACAGAAGACGCUGGCACUGCCACUUCAUCUUCAUCUGCACUUCCUGUGGAGUCUGCGGGUUUGACCGCUGCCAGGGACGACGGUCACGUGUCUGAUGACGAGGGCGAAGGAGGCCACGACAAACAGAAAGACAAAAAGAAGAAAGUAAAGAAAAAGAAGAAGAAGGCAUGCAGCUCAUCAGACAGUGAGGAUGAGAAGAAGAAGAAGAAGAAGAAGAAAAAGAAGAAAGAUGAAGACUCCAGCUCUUCUUCAUCAUCCGACAGCAGCUCCUCAUCCUCCUCAGACUCAGACAGCGACGAUGACAAGAAGAAGAAGAAGAAGAAGAAGAAGAAGAAGAAGAAGAAAAAGAAGAAGAAGGUAAAGGAUUCGUCUUCUUCAUCAUCAAGUAGCUCCUCGUCUUCUUCUGACAGCGAUGAUAAGAAGAAGAAGAAAAAGAAAAAGAAGAAGAAGAAGAAGCAUAAGAAAAAGGAGUCCAGCUCCUCUUCCUCAUCCUCAUCCUCCGACAGCGACGAGAAGAAGAAGAAGAAGAAAACGGUUAAACUGAACCUCUCUUAUUCUUAUAUUCCUCUUCAGAAGAAAGCAAAAACAGAUGAUAAGGAUGGAGAAAACACCUCGCUGAAGACUGAAGGAGAGUCAGGGGGUUUCGGCACGACCGAUUACAGUUUUAGAACUGAUGGCUCUCAGAUUUCUUCAUCUCUACUUUACUCCCACCUGCCUUCUGAAACCCUGAGCCGAGCGGAGAGCAGCAGCGCCUCCCGCAGGCCUCUGACCGCCAUAGAGAGCCUGAUGGGUCAUCCUCAGAGAAACACACUGGACAGGGACAGAGUCACGACCAGCAGAUACACCUCACAUUCCACACCUUAA